GUUCUCGUUGUGUGAAAUCUAUGUUGCCAGGACUGGCAAAGUUGCAAAAAUUUUGAGACGUUCCAGGUAGAACGUAGAACGACUACAUUUCCGUUUGAUACAAUUACGUUCAAGAGCUUGUUGUAAAUAUAAGCAUGGACGAGCGUGUGACCGUGAAAUAUAAAUUUAUUAAUAUGCGACAAAUAUGAAAAUAUGAGGAGUAGCUGUAAAAAGGAAGACACUAAAGAAAAAGAAAGGACACUAAAGAAGGAAGACACAAGGAAAAAAUAUGUUUUUUUUUCUGAUCCAGAUAUUAUUGUUCAACGUGCUGAAACAUCAGCAGCAACAGCCCAAGUUAAACAAGAUCUUGAAUUUCAACAACAGCAGAAUUAUAUUGUCAAGCAAAUAUCUGAAGAUAAACCCAAUUCACCAACUGAAUUUGACUUAAAGGCCUUAGAAAACUUAUUAUCGUAUCAUCCCAUCCAACCAUAUCCAUUUACAUUUAUAAGUGCUGUAAAACGAAAACUUGGUUUAGAUGAUAAUUCUAAAGUCUGGGGAAAAGUACAAGAUCCAAAUAAUAAAAAUGCAUUUGAUCUGUCUGCUACGGUAUUAAAGUCCAGUAGUUCUCAGAAUUUGCAUGAGAUUAUACAAAAGAUGGAUUUUGUAAGACCAUUAAAAGUUCCAGACUUGAAAAUUUCUGCAAAAAAAUUAGACUUUGCUACUAGAGAAAAUUCUACAUCAAAAGAAUUAAUAUCUCCAAAAUUUGAUACACCUUCAAUGGACCUUAUUCACGAAAAAACAAGUAAGCCAACAAAGAGUUUUGAGCGAGUUCAAAGACGGUUAGAUUUUUCAACAUCGGACGUAUCAUCGAUAAUAACCAGUGAAAUAGAGCCACUGAAGGUGCCAAAUAUUUCUAUAUCAUCAAAUUUGUCAAAGAAAAAAGAAUAUGUUCGAGAAAACUCUAGGGAGAAAGAAAAUAGAUCCAAGAGAGUGAGAAAAGAUGAUUCUUUGUUUGCGAAGCAGGAUGAAGUAGGGCAAGAUUUCUUCAAAAGAUCUCGAAGCCCAAGACGUGUUUCUAGAAAAGACUUUUCUGAUAAUAUAAAUGAAACUGCAUCAGCUAUAAAAUUAAAAAAUGACAGGUUGCCAUUUUAUAUGUCGAAAGACACUGAUUUUGUUUUAACAAAACCAAAAACAAAAAAUUUUGCUACAUCUACUGCCAAAAAAGAUACAGAUAAAAGGCAUAGAUCUACUAAUGCAAGAUUUCUAAAGUCAAGAGAUGCUUCUUUAGAAUCUAAGAAUAGAACUUGCAGUAAUGAAUCGCUUUCUGAACGUUCCUCAAAAUUGCCAGAUAAAAUCACAGUCAGAGAAUCUAGAAACAUGUUUGAGAAUUUGGAUUACAGGUAUAAGGACGAUUUGCAUACAUUGAAACAAGGGGAUGAUCAGAAACAUGUAUCUUCAUUGGAAAAUAGGCAACUAAAACAGCAUAAGGUAGCAUGUCAGCUUCAAGGAAAAUUAGGAAAUGUAUCUUUUAAAGAGCAAACCAAGAGGAUAUCUGAAAAAAUAAAACCCUCUACGAGUAAAAUAGAAGGCAAAACGUAUGUUAUGAACUCCAAGGAGUUUGAAGAUAAGGAAAGUGUAACAGAUUCAAACUCGAGUAUAAGAACUCGAAGUCCGAAUACCAUUUCCACACAACAAAUGAAAAACAAAGAUUUAGAAAAAGUCGUACAAAAUAUUAAUGUGCUUAAAUCAAAUAAAACUAUCAACGAUUCAAAAUAUACAAAUAAUACGUUACCACAAUGCACUAGUACAAAUACAAAAAAAGAAGAAGAAUCGUUUACACAAAGCAUUGCUACUACAAUCAAGCAAUCAAGUAACAGUAAUGAAUCUAAUUUGAACGAUAGUGUAUUAUCAGAUACGUUAUUUGAUCCAAGAAGAAUUUCAUUCAGAGAUGAAAAUCGAAUACAGCAAGAAGAAUUUUGCGAUUUAGUAACGCCAGAAGUAAAUCUACCGCGAUCUAAACGGAAAAGACAGUUUAUACAAAAUAGUAAUAUAGAUGCUGAUUCUAAGUGUUUGAAGUAUAAUACAGGUAAAACAGAAACGGAGCAGGAAGAUAUUCCAUUGUUACAUCCAACUGCUUUACAUAUGCAGUUUCAAGCCGAGUUACAUCUUCUUGAUUCCUUUAACGAGUCAUUGAGGCAGGUUAUGGACGUUGAAAAGUGUUUAUAUAAUGUUAAACAGGACCAAGAAAAAGAGUUACCAUUGCAGCAUAGUCAAACAAACGACCAAGGAAAAUCAUAUAUCUCUAAACCGACAAGUGAAAGGAAAGCUGAUGUUAUGGAGCAUUGUGAUGAAAUUAAUAAAUUACACAAACAUGUUACAACCAAUAAAGUGCAUUAUACUACAAGUCAGACUAUGGUAAAUGAGAUUGAUAAUCUGCAUAAAAUUAAGCCAGUAGUAAAAGCAGUAGAAGUACAAACUCAAACAGUAAACGACAUGGCAACACAAACAGAUAUACGUUCAACUCGACGAAAUGUACAAAGUAGAUGUUCAGAGAUUUGUGGUGUCUUAUAUGAACGAGGAUUUGCUGGAGAUAGCGAAGUUCCUCAGCUUUGUUUAGAUUCAGCAGAACAAUUUGAAGAUUUGGAUCAAAUAGAAGAAAUAUCGUUACCUAGUAAAUUAAGAACAAUGUCAGAAAUAAGUUUACAUGAAACUACGUCAUCUAUACGGACAGAAACUGGAACCGAGAUUAGCAUCUCUACGCGAGAUAUAACUUGUUCUUUUAAUAAAUACUUAGAUCUAGAAAUUGCACAAUUAAUAAAGGAUGAAAAACAGAGGUAUGAUAAAUUCGAGAUGUUGUUUAAAUCUCGCGAGAAAACAUUAAAUGAUCGAACUAAAAAGUUAGUAAAAUUAGAAGAAAGAAAACGCGCAUUAAAAGAUACCGGUCAAGAUAGUCGUGUUAGCUCUGUAAAAAAGAAGCAAAGAGCUUUACUUUUAAAAUUGCAGCAAGAAAAGGAUGAGAUGAGCAGGUUGAAAGAGCUUCACAAAAUUGCAAGUCAAGAACGUAAACUUAUGUUACAAAAACAAAGGAAUAUGUUCAAUCCUCAAAUGUCUACUAAAAAUAUUUUAACUAAAUUAAAAAGAAGCGCGGAUAGUCAAUCUCCAAGAAGAUUAUCUGGCCCAAUGAAAGGUUAUGAUAUAAGAAGUAAUAGUUCUAUGAGUUCUUUAGUUGAUUCUGAUAAGUCACAGCAUGAACGAUCUCAGACAGAUGCACGCAUGCAAAUGUCGGAAAAUGAGUUACAUUUUGCUAAACUGGACCUACCAAAAAGUAAUAAAUUUACAAAUUUUGUUGAGGAACCUGAUGCAUUGUUUUCUAGAUUUAAUAAAUCUAACGAAGCUAUUCAAGGCAAUGUAUCUCAAGAAAAGUGUCCUUAUAAAUCGCAGAAAGAUGGAAACAAAUCAAAGUAUGAAAUAAAGCCGAGAAAGUUUGAAGAAAAAAUGCCUAGAGCGGAUAACUUGAGAUUGAAGUCGCAUCAACAUUCUGUCGAUCCAAAAUUGAUAUCGGGUCGUUCUAUGAGCAUAUCUGGGAAAUAUUAUUUUGAGAAAGAAAAAUCUCCCGACGUUUCAGAAUUGUUGCAACAGAAUUUAAACAACUCUGUAUCUGAACAUGCUAAAUCGGAAUCUGAUACUCUAGUAGAAGAGCUAUCUAAAAAAUCGAAGUCUUCUCAUAUAAUUGAUAAUCAUUUUCAAAGUAUGGUUUCUCAGAGAGAAAGAGAAUCUUUAUUAAAAGCGGCAACCACGAACAGUGAGACUGUUCCAGAAGAAAUAAGUUCUGUUAGCCAAGAUACUGUAUCAAAGACAUCAAAAUCAUCCCAAGUCUCCGAAGAUAUUUUACAGACACAUUCAAAGAGUUCUAAAAGAAGUAAUAAAUCAAUUCCAACCGAUAUGUCUAAAAAAGCACAAUCCAGUUCUGAAUCUAAAUCAAAUGUUAAGCGCAGGACCUCAAAGUGUCAAAAAAGCAAAUCAUCGUCUAGCAUACUUACGGAAAACAUAUUACGAUCCAAAUCCAAUUCUCAAAUGUCAGAGGAGUUUAUCAAGCAUCACAAUAAACGAACAAGGAUGGAAAAAGAAUUUAUUCAAUCUGAUAAAACUGAUGAGAACACAAUUUUAGAUAGCAUAGAUCACAACGAGAGUCAAAGUUUUCUGCAAACUUUAACUAGGCAUUCCAAACCUACAAAAGAUAAGAAUUUUAAAUUAUUGACUGAUAGAAUAGAUGAUUAUGAAAGUAAAGAGAAUAUAUUAUGUCAAAAAAUAUUUGACAAAAGCGUAGAAGCCUAUGAGAAUUCCUUUCAUAGUCAAGACAAGAGUGCACACAAUUUGGAUAAUAUGUCUACAAGAUCCCAAGUCAGUAAUUUUGCUGUUUCUCAUCAUAGUUCCGGAGAGAGUGACAGAAAUUAUUCAAAAUCUGUAGUUGUCAGAUCGCAAGGUCAUAAUUUGAAAACUUCAAAGAAACUUGAACAUAUUUUGAAUGCACGCGAAGCCGCACUUACAUCGCGGAAGAACUGUGUGGAAGAGUGGAUGGCUUGGCAUGCAAAAUUAAGAACAGAAGAAGAUCGUGUUGCACGAAUGGAACAAGCUGCUCUUAAACUAGUAACUACAACAUCAAAUGUUUUUUCUCAACAAGAGAGAAGUAUGUGUCCCUUUAUAGAUACUACUGUCUCGUCCGAUACAAGUGAUAUCGAAGGAAGAAUAGAAUUACUUACUGAAAAAUUAGCAGAACGACGAUUAGAAAUGUCACGUUUGAAGAGAGAAGCUAGGAAGCAGACAAAACAAAAGCUUCGCGCUUUAGAAGCUAAUUUGUUAAAUCAAAUUAAAAAAUAUGAUACAACCAUUCAUGAGAUGCGUAGAAAACUGGAAUCGAAAAAGGGAUCAAGUAAAGACAAUGAUAAGUUGGCAAUAGAAUCAAAAUCAUUGGCAGAUUUUAAAGUACCUGAAAUUCCUCUGAAAAGAAUUCAAGAUAUAUUUAAAAACAGCGAUUUGUUAAGGUCUAGAUCGGAGUCUGAUUUGUUGUCUACAAAAAGGCCAACAAAAGAUUCUAUGAAAAGUGUUAAUUUAUUACGAAAUGAAAACAUUGAAAUUGAAUAUGAUAAAAGUUAUUUGGAAAAAGUAUCCAACUCUUACAAAAAUGUAAGAACUUCGGAACAAUUAAACUCGGCGAAAAUGGAUACUAUUAGUCAAAGUAUUGAAACUAUUCUUGAUGAGAGCAUACCAGAACAAAUUGAAUCUGAUAAACUUGGUUCGAUAUCAUCGGUUGUUUCCGAUGAUGUUGAAUCCGAUAAACAUGUUUCUUAUAAUAGUAAAGUAUAUCUAGAUGAAAUGCAAAACAGACAAAUUGUAACUGAAGAAAAAGGGUCUAGCAUUUCGGAAGAUGUUAAGACUGAAAUUAGUGCAGCGAAAUCUGAAGAAGAUAUACUUACACAAUCGGAAACAAAACUUUCAAAAAAUGAAACCACUAUUCAAUCUGAUUUAAAAGAAUAUAGAUCAGAUUUUGAGACGGCUUCUGAGCAAUCUCGAGCCAAAAGUAUCUCGUUACAAUCUGAUGCUGAUAAAGUACAAGAUUUAGAGUAUUCUGGUAUUUCUUCGAAAAAAUCUAACGUUGAAGGUUCUAAGACGGAAAUUAACACUGAAACCGACAAUGAAAUGCUUGGUGUCUCCCGAAAGUUAGACUUUUUACGUUUGAAUAAUAAGAACUUGUACGAAGACAUAAGUUCUCUUGAAAAUGAACUCAAAAUACUUUCGGAAAUGAUGUCACGUUUCAGUAAAAAAUCAACCGAAGAAGAAUCGAAGAACAAUGAAGAUAAAAGCACUUCGAAAGAUAUAUCGGAAAUUCUUUUGAAAUCUGACGAUAACAAUGAAAUUCAUAAAAUAACAACUGUAAAACAGAAUAAAAUGGAAGAUAUAGAAUUAGAACAAAAGGAGACUGAUCCUGAUAUUUCACAGUACUUGACCAGUGGUUCAACAUUAAAAUCAGUUAGUCAUUUUAAUGACAGCAAAAGUAUAGUAGAAGAAGUUGAUAAUGUCAUGUCUGUUAUAAUUCCACAAGACGAUACGUCUCUUUCAAAAUCAAAUCAAGAAAUUGAUUAUAAAGCAAGGAGUAAAGAGAUUUUAAAUGAGAUUGAAAAAUCGAUAAUGUUAGAGCAUAUUAAAGCCACUGAGAAUAAUUCAAAUCGUUCAAAUAUAUUAAUUGAGAACAACAAAACAAGUACACACGAAAGAAAUGAAAAAAUGUUAAAUGAUUUUUCUACUGAGAUUUGUAGGAAAUCUUUAUCUGAAAUUAAUUCGGAAACGACACAGGAUAAAGAAAGCAUAAAUAUAGCAGAGAAUGCAUCCGAAAUAACAUAUACUUCUCAAGAAGACAUAAAUAUUGAAGAAAGUUUAGUUGGCUCGCAUAACUUAGAAUGUCAUCAAUUUUUAGAAUCAAAUAAAAACUCUUCAACUUCAGAAAAGAGCAAUUUACUUGGAAGGGAUAAGUCAUUAAAUUUAUAUAUAGAUAUCGAUCAUAGUUCAAUAAUAAAUAAUGCAAUUAGUGUGCAAAGUCAAUCAGAGCAUAAGAGUGACGUAAUUUCUCAAAAACUUCCACAGAAUGUCACAAAUCAGACGACAGUCGUAGAACCUGUUAUUACCGAGGAGUUAUCAAAGGAACAAAUUUUACCACAAUCUUCGAGUUCGACUGAAAAAACUGAUGAAAUUAAAGAAGUAAUAGAUUAUAUGAAAGAUAAUGAUAAACAUAAAAUAGAAUUUAGCAAUAACAAUCAGAAGGAAAGUACUUCUUUUAUGCAAGAUGAAGAUACAGUAUGUAAAGAAACUUCUUUAAAAUCUGUUCAAACAUCUAAGCAGGAUACAUCAGGAUUAGAUCACACUGCAAAUUGUAUUGGGAAAGAAAUUAAUAAAGAUGAAAGUCAGUUGAGAGAAAUUUCUGUGGAUAAAACUUCGUUUGAUAAAGAUGAUUGGACUAUAUCUAAUUCGUUUAGCAUUCAGCAGGAUGUUACCAAUUCUGAAUUAGAAACAUCACAAAAUCAGAAUUUGAAAUUAUCUAAUGACGAUUCAAACAAAUUUUUAGGUACAGAGAAUAUAUCUCAGUCAAUUGAUAACCCUAAAAAUCAAGAUCUUGAAGAGAAUUUAAGUAGUGAUAUAGACAAUGUGUCUUUGUUUCUUCCAAAAUGUGAAUCUACAAAUAUUGAUAUAUAUGGUAUUAAAUUUGACGAAACAGUACCAGAUUAUAAUAUUGAAAUGACCAAUGAUAAAAUUAAUUAUAUAUUGAGUAUAAUGACUGCAGACAACAACAAAGAGCAAAAUCAAGAAGAAACUGUGCACACUAUAGAAACUGAUGAUUUUCAAAAGACCAUUUAUGAUUCUGUAACUAAAAUAUUGGAUAAAGUUGAAAAAAGUAUUGAUAAUAACUCAAUAAAAGAAAAAAUAGAAAGUCAUUCGGAAAUUAGAGAAAAUAAAAAUGAAAUUAAGACAAUAGUAAAUAAGGAGUGUAAAUCAAUUUUAGAUAGUUUUUACUUAAAAGACAAUGUAAAGACAAAGAGUGAAACAGAACUUGAUGGAAAUCGAGAAACCAUUUCUUUGGAUACUAAUAAUGAUAGGAAUAUUAAUGAAGACAUUAUGACUACUAAAGUUCAUACUGAACCUGUUGUAAAUGUUAGCUUACAUGUUGAAAUUGAAAAUGACGAUGACACGAUACAUCAGAUUGAAACUAAAUCACAGGAAGUUGUAAUAACAGAAUUGGAACCUGGAAGUAUAGAAGAUGACAUUUUGUCUGAAGUUGAAAUUGACGCUAAAGUAGAAUUUGCAGAAGAGGAACCUGAAGAAACGAUUACAUUCGAAGACAGUACGGAAACAGACGUACAAAUUGUACAAGAAGAACUAUUAUUAGGACCCAUAGUAGAACAAGAUAGCUCAGAUGGUGAACAACUUGAUAAUUUAAUAGAAGUAGCUGAAAGUGGAUUGGAUACUAUAGAGAAACAGAUUUCCAUCACUGAAUCAGAAUUAAUCGUACAUGAUAAGACAGAUACUCAAACUAUUGGUAUUUCAAACAGUAAAAUUAAGACUCAGAAGAGUGCAAACACUUGUGAAUCUGAAGAUAAUCUCGAAACAGUAGGAAAUUCUGAAGUAAUUAUAUUUAGUGCACCUACCGAUGUGAUAAAUAAAACAUUUAACAUUUUGAAAGAUCCAGAUUAUGAAGAUAUCUCGGAAGAAAGUCUUGAAGUGUCUGAAAUUUUUGAUAAAAGUGAAGUUCAAAAGACUAUUUCUGUACAAAAGACAUCAUCUAUACCAGAAAGAUAUGAAGCAGUACAAAAAUCAGAGGAGGUAUUGAGAAUACUGGAUGAAAUUACACAGAAAUCUUCAACAAGUUCUGAUCAUGACAGAGAGCAAUUUCAAAGUAAUAAACAAAUUUCUGAGUACAGUGAACAACCAUCAGAAGAGAUUUCGAACAAAGAUGAUAUUAUACUUUCAAGAGUUGAUGGUAAGUCUAUGGAAAAUAUUCACAAGAAAAAUGAGCAAUCAUUGGAAAAUAAUUUAGAAAGUCAAACGUCUAAGACAAUAGCAACAGAAGAGGAAAAUCGAUCUAUGGAAUUAAUUGUUUGCUUAAAUGAUACAGAAGACAAAGAAAAGUUGGAGCAAGAGAUAUUGUCUGAGUCGAGCGAAGACAGGGAUACGCCGAAAAGUGUGUCGGAAAUUGAGAUGGAUUCGCCCAGAGAUUCUAAUGAUUCAAAAUUAGACAUUGAUGCGUUAAAUGAUGACAUAUUGAAUAACACUAACGCGGAAAGUCAAAAUAUUGAUUCAAAGAAUACAUAUCAUGCUACGCCUAUUGUUGCUACAUCUGAGAAAGAUAUAGAAGUCAUGAUAGACAAAUUAAAAGCAUCGUUGGAACAACCUGGUUUGGAAGUCGCAGAAUUGGAAGCGAAACUGCUUCGUAUUGAACAACUUCAAAUCGAACUAGAGAUUAAAAAAUUGGAAGCAGAAGAAGUAUCUUAUUAUGUUAGAGAAAUACCUAAUAAACCCCCACCCCCCUACACACCACCCGGCGGUGGUGGACGAAUUUCAGUGUCACUUGGGUCACCAUCACCUCCACCAGCUGUGAUUCCCUCAAACAUAGAAGAAUUAACAGCAUUCACGGAGAAAGCCACGACACUCAUAUUCAGAGCUAGGGAGGCUGGAGAAGAUAUCAUGAAUUUAGAAGCUCCUCCUGAGAUCUGCGAGUUAACCAAAGAGAACGAUGAGAGUGUAAAGAAGGAUAGAAGAAUUUACAAUACAUUCCUCUUCGAUCUGUGUAAAGAAACGAUCGCUGAGGUUUAUCAAGCCGAGUAUGAAAAACCAGGACCAAGUUGGACGAAACCAAAUGUAAAAACAAAACCUACGAUGAAACUCCCGAAAACUGUAGAAGAACUUAACGAAUAUGUUAACAAGGAGGUAGCUACGUUGUUCGGUUUCAAAACGAAACUACAACGGGAAAAUAUGGUAAUGCGUUGGAGUAGAAAACGAAGAGACAGAGUUGACGAAUUACUGGCUAGGGAGGCUCAAGCUGAAGAGGACGAAUGGACCAAAUUUCAUCACGAUGAACUUGCUGUAAAAAAUGGUCUUACUGUAGCUAUAUUGGAUACCCUACUAAUGGAAACUGUGAAUGUAGUUAAAGUGGCAUAUGCGAAGAAAAGAAAAGUAAUGGUUUAGUUUUAUUACAAAGCUAUCGUGAUUGAGUUACCGUUACAUGAAUUUCGUCAAAACACAAUUAUUUGUCAUGAAAAACGAUAGGUAUUAGGACCUUGAUAAUUGUAGAGAAGGGGGUUUAAACAUUCCUAGAAGUAUUGAAAUUCGUACCUAUACUUUUAUUUCUUUUGGAUCUGUUUUUGUCUCAAACGAAAGACAGUACUUGUUGCUAAGUGGUCACACCUUUUGUUUACUAAUACAAUAUAGCAACGAAGUUCGCAUAGAAGUAUCAAGGUUCUACUAUAUAUUAUUUCGAAAUUUUGUAAAUUGGCCUCAAUUGCCAUAUUUUUAAUGAAUUACCAAGUAAUUCAUUUUUAUCUAUUUGUGCCCUGUAUAUGACCCCUGUAUAUAGGCUGGUUCCUAUUUAUUCUUUUGACAAAUUGUUUGCUUUUAAAGGAUGAAGGUAUGAAUGAUAAUUUCACUGUAAUAAAAUUCAAGAGGUGUACGAGGUCCAUUUUGCAAAUUAUAGAAUCGUAGAAAAUAGUUGUAUUUAGUAGUCACGAAUUGUGUAGAGAAUUUAAUAAUCAAAUACCCUAAAUUCGUUUCGAAUUUUUGUUAAAACUAAGAUUAUUGUUAGAAUAUAUGGUAUAAUUACAUUACAAUUUAUAGUUAUAUAUAUUGAGAUGUAGUAACAUACUUAAUAUAAGAAUCCCAUUGAUAUUUACUUGUAGAAGAAAUGUAAUUAUCGAUUCGAUUAUUCCGAGCGUUUUGUUCGAGUAGUUUAUUAAGUAUUAUUAUUUACACAGCGUAUUGCUCAGAUAUUUGGUUAAACUUUAUCAGCAUAUUCUGUUCAUUGUGCCAAUGAAAAAAUGUCAUACAAAUAGUAUAUAAUAGUGCUUUCAAUAAUUUUCUUCAAAUUAAAGUUACAUAUAUUAUUGUUGCCUUUUAAAGAUGCACUUUAAAGAUUACUGACAUUUUCUAUUAAAAAGAUUUUAAAACAGUACUAUCACUUUUACGGUUAUUUAGUAUCUGUGAUUGUUUACAUUUCGCUGUAUUAUCCGAAUAAUGACAAAUAAUGAAAUUUAUUAAUGUCACAUUAUUAUUAUUGUUGUUGUAUGCACAUCUUCACCAGUGCAAUUAAUAACAAUACUGAUCAAACUUAACUAAAUAUUUUAGGAAUACAUUGUAUAGCAUUUAAUACGUCCCUUGUGUGAUUCUUUUUAUGUUCUAUUAGAUGCGUAUAGAUUUUAAGUUUAUUUUGAUAGUAAUACUUUUACUGUACAUGGUAUUAACACCUAAAGCUUAAAUAACAUUUUAAUCGGGAACUACGAGACGUCACUGGAGAAAAGUAUUUCAUGCAUCCGAACAAAGUGCUCCUUCGGUUAUUGCGUGUAAUAAUACUAUUUGCGUUGUAGAAGUCGGCUGUGGAACGUGGAGGGAUAUGUUCUUAUCAUAAUCGGGACAAAGGAUUUUAAUCGCUUAAAGUUACUUCCCCAAUAAGCACGAACUUUAUUUCUGCCGUCACGUUCCUGCUUCAACUGUGUGAAUAUGUAUACAUCAUAGAUAUCCGGUAUCCUUGGACAGCUUCUCUUCUAUUCCUUUGAGGUUGGAAUGAAAUAAAAUAAAAUGUUAAGAUAAUUGAUCGAUGGAACGAGAGGUGGCUUCGAGCAGCCUAAAUCCUUUGCCCCGACUAUAGGCCGAGUUAAACUUUGUGGAGUUAUGCUCAACUAUUUCUAAUAAAAUUAACAAAAUUUUGACUAAAAGACUGAUACUGUAGGGCCAUUUCGAUUUAAAUUGCAAACAUUUUAAAGAGAAACGUAAAUUCGUGGUAACCUGUAGUAAAAGUCGGUUACGAAUUGGUGUUGAAAAAGCCUCUCAAUGUUGAUUGUUCGCAACGGAGAGAUAGCUUCAUGUUUUACAUGUUUUAGUACUUCUAUUAUACAAGGUGUUCGGCCAUCCCUGCGGAAAAUUUUAAUGGGAGAUUCUAGGAGCCAAAAUAAGACGAAAAUCAAGAAUACCAAUUUGUUGAUGGAGGCUUCGUUAAAAAGUUAUUAACAUUUAAAGUUCUGAGUGAGAACCACUAUCGCGCACACGCAGCUGUUCACAGAUUGCCGUCUCAAAGGCGGAACUUUAAACGUUAAUAACUUUUGAACGAAGCCUUAAUCAACAAAUUGGAAUUCUUGAUUUUCGUUUUAUUUUGGCCUCUAGAAUCUACCAUUAAAAUUUUUCCCAGAGGUGGCCGAACACCCUGUAUAAGAAAUGAUAUACGCAUGUAUAAGCAUUACAUUCGAGUCAUCAAUUGAUAAGCGUUAAAACUGUUUCGAUCAGCGGAUAUUUCGAUUUGGUUCCGUUGAACGUCAACUUUUAAGUUUGCGGUUGUGAUAUCAAUCUAAAGCCCAUGAAAUGGUAGGAGUGAUGUUGAUUAUUGUAUGAAUGUACAGGAACGAGCGAAUGAUACUUUAGUUUUAAAUUUAUUUGAUUGAGCUUUCACACGACUUUUCCAACCGCUGUGAAUGCUCGUCUUUUUAACGUGUGACCUCCAAACUUUUGUGUGAUUAAGAAAUGUACAUACAUACGAUGUCGCUCAAACUUUAGUGUGCACAUGCUUUCUCGUUGCAGAAAGUUUAGCUGAUCUAUAGUU